CCAAGGGCCCGCGCCUCGCUCUGCAGCACCGGCGACUAGGUCCAGAUCUGCAUCAUGUCUGACGAUGGCGAGGUUGACAAGGUUCUCACCGCAUCCGUGCACGACGUGAAGUACGUGAUGGGCCUACUGCGUGCGAGCGACCGUACGGGCGACAUCGGCGGGCUCUCUGUGACCGUUGAAGAAGCUCGCACACUAUUAGCCACCGCAUUUAUAUUCAAAGGCAUAUUUGACGAAUACUUGUACCACCCGGAAGCCGACCCCUCCUCGCAAUCGCAAUCUUCUCAACCUUCAUCACAGCCUUCACAGCCACAAGAGGAGGGAGAGCCCACCGCUUUCGAGGUCCCACUGAACACCCUCAUCGAAUGUAUGAGCCUCUUCGGAAACGCCGGAGGAGCACCAUCGUCCAAUGCAAAACACAGGAUAUGGCACACCGGGAACUCUGACCAAGAGGAUAACGAGGAAGAGGGCCCUAACAGGGCUAACUCGAGGCAAACCCGGGCUCCUGCUAACGGACGCAUCGACCAGUUCUUUGGAGCGGACAAGGGCACGGGAAUGCGAUUGUCGUACGUCGGCGCUGGUUACCCGUUGACACUGCUCAUGGCGGAGGAAGCGAGCGGUCCGACCGCGACUUGCGAGAUCACAACUUUUGAGGCCGAACCAAUGUUGGAUCUGGACUUCCUCGAGUCCCCGACCGUGUUGAAGAUCAUCCUGAAGUCCUCUUGGCUGCGCGAUGCGCUUUCGGAACUCGACCCAACCUGCGAGAGGCUGACUAUCAUCGGGAAUCCGCCCCCACCGCCGGGCAGAGCAGCACGAAUUACAGAUCCACCCCGACUACGCUUACAAGUAAUGGGCACGUUCGGAAGCACCGAGAUGGAUUACCCAAGUGACAAAGAAGUGCUCGAGACGUGCGAGUGCGAGCAACAGGUCCGCUUCAGCUAUGUGUUCAAGCACAUAGCGUGCGCGUCACGGGCACUGCAACAUUCUACGAAGACAUCCCUUCGUAUAAACGAGGAAGGCAUGCUCAGUCUGCAGCUGAUCAUGCCAACGGCGCGACCUCGGCAAGGGGGCAACAACACGGAUGGGUUCGUCGAGUUUCGAUGUCUACCUCUCGAUGACAGCCCAUGAACAUCUGUCACGAGACUUGUCCGGAGUAAA